AUGGAUCGCAUAGCAAAUCUGGCUUCACAAAAAGCCAUGGUGAUGUCUAGUAAAAGUACAUGUUGCAUGUGCCAUUCUAUCAAGAAAUUAUUUUAUGAGCAAGGCGUGAGUCCUACGAUCUACAAGCUCAAUAAGGAUUCGAGAGGAAAAGAAAUAGAGUGGGCUCUGAUGAGGCUAGGGUGCAGCUAUGCCAUCCCAGCUGUUUUCAUCAAUGGACAACUCUUAGGGUCCGCUGAUACUCUCGUGACUCUUCAUCUCGAUGGCUCACUUAAAAAGUUGCCGAAAGAUGCUGGAGAUAUAUGGCUAUAGUCACAAAUGGAAAUCCAUGUUUUGAACUACAUAAUAAAGCUAGCAAAAAACGUGGUUUUCACAACUAUUUUCUUUCUUAAUUUUCCUCUUUCCGAGGAGCAGUUUUAGUAUGUAGUAUACUAUGUAGCUUGUCUACAUAUAGAUGUAUAAAUAUAAAUAGAGAGAGCCUGUCUUGUACUCUAUUUCCAGGGGCAAACCCAGAAAAUUAUGUUGGGGGGCUGAAAUUUAAAAUAUAUAUACAAAUUUUUUUAUAAAGUAUACGGCAUAAAAUUUCAUUACAACAUUACCUUCU